GGGGAUUUUUUUUUUUGCUUAGAAAUGAAGAGAUUCUAUACAUCGCUUGCUCGACUUGAAACUUAUUUAAAACAAAAUAAAAAUACUUCAACCAAUGUUUAUCGUGGAACCUUGUUUGAAUUACAAACACUAUAUUCACUUGAAUCAACUGCCAAGAUGCGAUUGGAUCAUGUCGGUGGAAGAAGUGAUGGUGGAAUUGACCUAAGAGGCAGCUGGUUAGAUAAUAUUCAAGUUAUUGUUCAAUGUAAAAACGUAAAAGAAGGUUGUACACCAGAACAUCUUCGUGAACUGAUUGGAACAGUGAGCAUGAUUCCUUCAAGGAACCGUAAGAGAACAAUAAGCAUCAUGGCUACUCAUGCGCAGCAAUACUAUACACCUGACGUGCUCGCACACUUUAAAACAUGUCCAAUACCCCUUGGUCUGGCCAGUAUUACCGAUAUUACCCUUAAAUCACUCAUGUUUAAUAAGGCAGCACAGUCACUUGUCAAGGAUCGUGUCAGUAUAUCGACAGUAUUUGAUGCAUUAGGGAGCGAAACACUACAGGUUGACAUUUCAGAAUAAAGAAAGAGAAUCCUAUUAUGAAUGGAUCUUUUUUUGAGUGGAUGCCGAACAAUAUCGGUAGAGACAUGCGGAGCGUCUUGCCACUGUGAAAAUGAUUUGACACAUUGAAGACAUAUAUGUAUAUAUCUAUGCGUCGAUGGUGAUUGGCCCACAUUUGUUUAAAUGAUGAAAGUGACAGAUGUAAACUUCAGCAUAUCCUGGAAAAGAUAAACUUUAAAGUAGAAAAGAAGAUGCUCUCUCACAAUAAACAGCCGCUUGAUUCCAUAAUGACUUUUAAUAUACUUGUAUAAAAAAUUAUUCGCACACAAGAUCAAUAACAAGUAAUACUUUAGUUG